UUGAAGAAGAAACACCUGAAGAAAUGGCCAGUGAAGAUGAAUUUAAGGUUCUUGGCCUCUGGUUCAGCCCCUUUGCCCUCAGAGUGUUAAUUGGGCUUGAAGAAAAGGGCAUAAAAUAUGAGUAUAUAGAAGAAGAUUGGAUGUCUAAUCACAGCCCACUGUUGCUGGAAAUGAAUCCUGUGCAUAAGAAGAUACCUGUUCUUAUUCACAAUGGCAGACCUGUGGCUGAGUCUGCCAUUAUAGUGGAAUAUAUUGAUGAGUUAUGGAGCAAUGGUCCAGCUUUCUUAUCAUCUGAUCCAUAUGACCGAGCCCUGGCACGAUUCUGGGUAGAUUUUAUAGAAAAAAAGCUCAUUGUUCCAGGAAGACUCAUAUUGUUUCGAAGUAAAGGAGAAGAACAAGAAGAAGGAAAGCGACAAUUUAUAGAAAGUUUAGCGAUGUUGGAAGAAGCUCUUAGAGGAAAAAAUUAUAUGGGAGGAAAUGCUUUUGGAAUUGCAGAUAUUGCAUGUGCUCCAAUGAUAUGUUGGUUUCAUACAUAUGAAAUUUUUGGAGAUUUUAAGAUUAUGUUUGAGGAUAAAUUUCUCAGCAUUUUUAUGUGGAUGAUGAAAUGUAUGGAGCGCGAGAGUGUAAAGAAAAUACUUCCGGAACAAGAAAAAGUGCUACAAGUGGUAUCUCAAGCUAGAAAGAUUAUACUUAAGGAAACUUAG